UCUCAGUGAAACAAACAUGGCGGAUGCGAAAGAAUUACAAGCUAAUCUUACUGAAUAUCGUGCUCAGUUCAGACAGGUCGAAGCAGCGCUGACUACGGAUCCAGAUAAUGACGAACUCAUCAAGUUAAAACAAGAUUUACAGGAGGUGAUAAAUCUUACAUUAGAUCUUCUGAAGGUGAACGAGAAAACUGUCAUUCCCUCAGCUGCCUUGAAAUGGAAAGUUGGACAAAAAUGUCAAGCUGUGUGGAGUCAGGAUGGAAGUUACUAUGAUGCAACUAUUGAUAGUAUAUCAGAAGACUUUACAACAUGCACAGUUUCAUUUGAAAAAUAUGGAAAUACAGAAAUUGUAAAGGUUUCAUCACUAAGAGAAAAAGACCAAGCUGGUUCUUCUGCACCUAAAAGGGUGGCUGAAACCAGCAUUGUGGCAGCGCCAAGCACAUCAAAGAAAUCCAGGGCUGAUGAGGAUGCUCUCCGUGAACAGAAAAAGAAGAAAAUGAUGAAAAAGAAACAAAGGGCCAAGGAACUUGAAGAACAAAGGGAAAAAGACAAGCAGAACUGGUUGGAUUUCUUGAAUAAUUCAAAAGGAGGUGGAUCCAGCAAAUCUGGAAAGAGUUUAAAGGGUGUGUCAAAAAAGAGCAUUUUUGCCUCCCCAGAAUCAAUCCAGGGAAAGGUUGGUGUUGGAACUUGUGGAAUCGGGGGACAACCCAUGACGCAGUUCACACAACCAGACAAACUUGUUUACAAGAGAUGAUAAUAUCAUAGGUGUCAUGCUGUCACGCUGUCACAAACCAAAAACAGUGACUGUGUAUACGACUGUAAAAACUCUAUGAAAACUGUACAGACACAUUUAAAGUUUACGCUACCUGUAGAUGCAUAAUUAACCUUGUAAUUUCGUAGGGUCGAUGAUCUAUGAAAGUUUUAAAAAAUAAAACUGAGAUCAACAAAGAUUAACUGUCUCAGCUCGCACAGCUGCUAAGAGAAAUAUAAACCGUUAGGUUAUGGGAAGUCAGAGUGCAUUCCCAACUGACAUUUCCAGGGUUAAAUAACUAUUAUGAGGAUAGCUUUCGCUUUUCAUUCCAUGUUACCUUUGUACAAGCUAAACCACCUUUUAAUGGCUCGAUGGAAAACGCGGGGCCGGGGAUGCGGGGUCACGGGGUGUGGAAGACAUGGGGUCUAGUGGAAAAGGCGGAGUCUGGUGGAAAACGCAAGGUCUAAGUUGAAAACAUGGGGCGCCACUUUUCGCCAAAAUAUGAAUUUUCCUCGCUAGAAAUGAGAAGUCGAAAUUUUGUGAGCUUAAACUUCGAUGAAAAUCAACUCGCCGUCUCGGCCUGAAACGUGUUUUUCGUUCAAAACCUCGGUUUUUCAUUUUUAUGACGGAAAUUCAUAAUUUGAUGAAGAAAAUGAUACCCCGCGGUUUCAACCGGAUCCCGUGUUUUCCAUACUCUGGGACCUCGUACUCUGAGACCCCUGCCCCGCGUUUUCCAUCUGACCCCUUUUGAUUUUAUUUGUUCCUUUUAUUUUGUUUUUCAGGAUAAAUUCGUGUUCAAUUAGACUGGUAUCAUUUUAAGCUUUGUAAAUUAAAGUUUUGAAUAGUAAAUUCUCCACUGAAAUAAAUUACCUCGAGUUCGAGCCUU